ACACCAUAGACUGUAAAAAAAUAGAUUCACACUGAUCAAAUCAUGUUACACGAAGGGCAUGGACGGACAGCUCCUAGAGAAACCAGCCACCAAACAUGAACCAUCAGCAUGGUGAAGUUUAAUACUUCAGAAUCAGCCUUCAAGAAGAUUUGAAGGUUGCCGUGAUGGGGGAGCGGCCAGUUGCUAGUCCCUCAGCAGGGAUCACCCCUGUGCAGCAGAUGCUGGCGUCAGGCACAGGGGCCCUCUUGACAUCCCUCUUUGUAACUCCCCUGGACGUUGUCAAGAUCAGGCUACAAGCCCAACAGACUCCUUUCCACCAAGCCUUGGCAUCUGAAACGGUUUCAUGGACUAAGAUUAUCAGACCCUCAAAAUGGAGGUGCUUCCUGUAUUGUAAUGGACUCAUGGACCACAUUUACGUCUGUCAGAAUGGCACUGGCUGUUCCAGCUGGUACAAAACCCCAACCCACUUCAGUGGAACACUGGAUGCCUUUGUGAAGAUCACACGGCACGAAGGAGUCAGGUCUCUCUGGAGUGGCCUUCCGCCUACACUAGUGAUGGCUGUUCCCGCCACCAUCAUAUACUUCACCUGCUAUGACCAACUGAGGGACUUCUUGCGCUACGGCAUGGGUUACCAAGGCAACCAUGUCCCCCUCAUAGCAGGAGGCUUAGCCAGAUUGGGUGCAGUGACUGUGAUCAGUCCACUGGAGCUGAUCCGCACCAAGAUGCAGUCCCGUCGGCUGACCUACGGGGAGCUGCAUGUCUGUAUCCGCUCGGCGGUGGCCCAGGACGGCUGGCUGUCUCUCUGGAGAGGCUGGGGACCAACUGUCCUCAGGGACGUGCCUUUCUCAGCGCUGUACUGGUUCAACUAUGAGCUGGUGAAAGCCCAUCUCUCUGCCGACUGCAGAGCUCCUCACUCAACCUUUGCUAUCAGCUUUACUUCCGGGGCCAUCUCAGGAGCUGUUGCCGCAGUGAUGACCCUGCCCUUUGACGUGGUGAAGACCCGCAGGCAGAUAGAGCUUGGGGAGAUGGAGACACGGGCAGCCUCCAUGAAGAAUCCCUCGUCGACAUGGCACCUCAUGAAGACUAUCUGUGCAGAGUCAGGGUAUAAGGGAUUAUUCGCUGGCUUCCUUCCUCGGGUCAUCAAAGUAGCCCCAGCCUGUGCUGUUAUGAUCAGCACGUAUGAGUUUGGCAAGGCCUUCUUCCAGAAGCACAAUCUGGCCUGUGAACAGCAGGGAAUCUAAGCGGUGAAAAUCGGAGGUGUGGUGGACCACCCUAAGACCCACGAGCUCUUGACCCCAAUGACCCCCAGGUUCUCUGGGGGGGGGGGGGUACUUGUACUUGACUUGUUGCCAUGGAAACCUUGCUUCACACAUCUCUGGGGGAAUGUUGCCUUGGCCAAAAUAUGUGACACUGCUGAGUGGUUUGCUGUGGUGCUGUUCGGCUAAAGCCUUCUGAGCUACUGAGAUACACGGCAACGUUACAAAACACACAUGAAAGAAAAUGACUGGUUCAACAAUUCCUUAGUCUUUGGUCAGAGGAUCCCUGCCUUAUAGGCAGACUUUGCAAGUCUGCAAGAAGUCUUUGCAGAAGUCUUUUUGAUGCCUUAUGAACUGGAAUUAAGUCAAUGCAUGCUGCAGAGCGCAGCUCCUGAAUAUGGCAUGUGCAUUAUCUGUGCUAACUUCCUAUGAUGACUUACCCAUGCCUGUUGAAUGAGCCUCCAUUUCUCAACAAUGCAUGUGUGGAGCACUGCAAGUUCCACGGCUCUGUUGUCUGUGAAUAGACAGCACCCCCUGCUGGAUGUUUUCAUACAUACCUCGGGAGGGCUUUUGACUCUGGAGUUGAUGUGCAGGUCUUGCACAGUUUUCCCCAGAAUGUAUAUUGAUGGCCUGAGCACCAAAUAGAAGCCACUGAGGACAAAAUGUGAUUAAUGUACCAAGUGUUCUUUCGCACAAAAUAUCAGCAUGGGCUCAUUGUGUUCAAAUUGUGAUACAUUUCCAAGGCAAUGGUUUGCCAUCUUAUUAUAGUUUUGUACUGCAAUGACACUCUAAUGAGUGUUAUGAAAAUGUUCUGUUUAUAAACUAUUUUCCCUUCAAUGUGAAAAGAAGGCCCAAAUUAUCUGCUUCUAUACAUGUGUUUUAUUUUUGUUUUCAGAUUUAGUUCUCUUGUCUGUUUUUCUGAAACAAACAUCUCCUUACAGUUAGAGUUCUGUAUUCACCCCUAAAAAAUACAUUUCAGAAGUUCACCAAACCACAGUUUGGUGGUGCAGAUGUUUUCAGAAAGAUGUUUGAUCAGUGAUUGCUGUCCAAUAUGUGAUAUGACAGACAGUUUUAGGGCUGGUAGACUAGUAGAGUACUAUUUGUCACUUGUUUUCUGAUGCUAGUUGAAUGUGUGGUGUGAUGUAAACAGUUCUGUAUGUUUCAGGACACUCUUAAAAUUGUUAAGCAUACUUAAAUAAAUGAUGUGAUGAUGA